AUGGGCUUCUUAGCUUGGAUAUUGGAAUGGAUUCGGGGCCUCUUCUGGCAGCAGGAGAUGGAGGUCACUCUUGUCGGUCUCCAGGGCGCCGGCAAGACGACAUUUCUGGCCGCCAUCACAGAUGGAACUGAGUCCGUGCGGCUGCACGACACGAUUCCCACAAUAGGCCUCAACACUCGCAAAGUGACUCGGGGCAACGUCUGCAUCAAGGUGUGGGACAUCGGUGGCCAGCCACGCUUUCGUGGCAUGUGGGAACGAUACUGCCGUGGCGUGCAGAGCAUUGUGUUUGUCGUAGACGCAUCCGAUAUUUCCUCCUUUGAAGAAGCGAGGCGUAGUCUGCACGACCUACUGGGGCGGCCUUCUCUCUAUGGGAUUCCACUGCUCGUCCUUGCAAACAAAAACGAUUUGGAAGGGGCAUGUUCGGCAGAAACUCUCAUAUCGGAGCUGUAUCUUUUGAAACUUGCAGCCGACCGUGAGACGGCGUGUUAUAGUGUGAGUGCGAAGGACUACACGAACAUCGAUGUGACCCUCAAGUGGCUUAUGCGGCACUCCAAGGCUUCCUCGUCGAGUUAA